UAUGACGUGCCGAGGCCCCAGUCCCCAGUCCCCCCUAGCCACAAGCAACAAAACGCUCAAAGACUUGGCCUUGGGGUUUGUUGCCGCUGCCGUGAGCCUCGCAAGCCUAACGCCUUUGGGAACUCCAGGGCUUGUUUCUAUGUAUGUGUGAAUACAUGUACGCCUCUCUUUCAUUCGCCCUCUAUGCCAGAACCCCAUCCGGUCCACAGUGCUGUUCAAUUGCCACCAAAUCCAGAUCUGGUCAACAAAAAAAAGAUUUCAAAAAUCUGGGCAGGGAUUGUAGCGAACACGUCGAGGGUCCAGAGCCCAAGCCUAAUAAAGCUGCGGAACAGAGCCGCUGCGCCGUAA